AAGGAAGUUAAAUACAGUAUGCGAAUAUUGGGUUUACAAAUAUUAACCUCGGGUUACCCGAAAUAAAUAUACUAUGACGUUGUUUGUAUUUUAAUUUACCGCACCUUAAAAUAGUCCUGAGGUAUGUAUUACGGAAUAUGUAUUUUUAAUUCAGUACGACGAAGAAAAGAAAAGAAAUUAAAUGAUCUAGACUAAAACAAGAUGAAGUUUAUACUUCAUGCCUUGUGUGGACUAACAUACCUGUUGGGAGGAUGUUUUUGCUCGUUGGACGAUUCCAUUAUACUAUUUACAGACACCCAAAACAGAGGGUUGUACGGGGUGUCUUCGAAAACAGGAAUACCAUACUCCGUGGCUGUGAAACGAAUAUUAAACCCAAUAGCUAUUCAUUAUAACGAAUUAAAUGAACUUAUCUAUUGGAGUGACGUUAGUUUAAAAGAAAUCAGGAGUACUUCCCUUAGCGGACAUGAUGACGUCACAUUGCGCGUUUUAGACAACAGUUCCAUUCCCGACGGUCUUGCAAUUGAUUCAAUUUCACGGCUCCUGUUUUACACUGAUGUAGGCAACCAUCUUAUAGCGUUAAUGGAGUUAGAUGGUUCCAACCAUGCCGUAGUAGUUAGUAAGGAUUGUGACCAGCCGAGAGCGAUUGUGCUCGAUCCUAUGAAAGGACGAAUUUUCUGGUCGGACUGGGGAAAAUUUCCAAAAAUAGAAACAGCGAACUAUGACGGAAGUGAACGAAAGGCGCUAAUAACAACUGGAAUCCUGUGGCCAAAUGCUUUGGCAAUAGAUUUUGCAGAUCAGUUAAUGUAUUGGGGAGACGCAGGGACACACUACAUCGAAAGGUCAAAAAUAGACGGUUCAGGAAGGAAAAUAUUGUAUUACGACGCCCGGGCGCACUUUUUCUCAAUGCUCCUGUAUUCAGAUAAAUUAUUUUAUACAGACUGGCAACAAAGAUCUGUAAUGGCAUUGCCCGUAUCCGGUGCGGAAAAUGGUACAGCUGUGGGCAAUGGAUCUUUUGCGAGACUGAAUGACAUAAGUCGAUUGAAACAAAAACCAAUGUAUCCUAGAACGAAUGCGUGUUCAAAGAAUAAAGGUGGAUGUAGUCAUAUAUGUAUUCCAAGACCAAAGGGUGAAUUCGCCUGUUUAUGUCCAACUGGAUUUCAUCUUAAAGACAAUACGUAUUGUACUAAAGCACAUCCAUCUGACUACUGUCAACCAUUAAAUCCUCAAAACUUUACUACAAUUUCGCCGAAUGAUUGUAUGACACACCCUUCACCGGUUGGGAAGGUUUGUACAGUCGAGUGCAUGGAUGACUUUGUAUAUGACGGGUGCAAAACUGAACUGUUAUGCGAGGAGAAUGGGCAAUGGAGCGAUCAAAUUCAUAGAUGUAUUGAUGUGAGUCGCCCUGUCAUCCAUAACUGUCCGUAUGAUUGGCAAGUUUUUACUGCUGGCAAGGGCAAGGACACGGUCACAAUUGAAUGGCCGGAAAUGCAUGUAACUGACAAUAGUGGCAUUGCACCAGACGUCUACUCGUCCAUGAAAAGCGGUAUCACACUACACGAGGGUGAAUAUACUGUAAACAUAUUUGCCGUUGAUCACGUUGGUCAUUUUACGGGAUGUGAAUUCACCUUUAUUAUAAAAGUGCAUCGAUGUGGAGCAAUUUCAAUACCUGAACAUGGCUAUAUACUGUCGGGCUGGUGCCUAGAUUAUUACGGAGCAAAGUGCAAAAUUGCCUGCAACACUGGGUACCAGUUAAGUUCUAAUACAGAGGUUGCUAACAUAGAAUGUAACAUUGACCAAAGUAAUAAGACGAUGUGGACAGGGAACGAUCUAUUAUGUCACCUAAAAACGUGUCCUCCUAUUACGUCACCAAAUACUUUAGUGACAGGAUGCAGCCAUCCUCUGAACACCGGCUCUGUUUGUGAGCAAACAUGUAGUGAGGGCUUUGAAAGAAUGCAUGGAACAAGUGUUCGAGUUUGUAAACCUGACGGAUCGUGGUCAGGGCAAGAUCUUGUUUGCAAAGAGAAGUCUGUGGAAUGUCAACAAUUACCUCCCCUGCCUGGUGUACUAGUAUUCGGAUGCUCUCCACCAUACACCAUCGGUAGCAUUUGUGAACAAACAUGUAAUGCAGGAUACAAACCUGAAUAUCCGGUUACCGGUGUGAGAGUAUGCAAACAAGAUGGAACUUGGUCAGGUCAUGAUAUAAACUGCAUGAAAUACGACGGAAGGUCUAAUAAUACGCCAAAAUCUAUGGGAGAGACAGAUACAGGAAAAGGAGUGACUGAUACCAGUAUUAUUAUCGCAGGUCUGCUUAUAGUUGUAUCACUAAUGCUGAUCAAUUUCGGAAUCUUCAUUCAUUUAAAGAAGCUUGGUGGCAAUUAUCAAGCAAGAGAAGCAAGUAGAAACGAGAAAGAAGCCACCGUGCCUCCUACAUCCUCCUCAUCGUGAAGGAACACCUAUUUGAAAUCAUACAUCUGCAACCAGCAAACUCAUUUUCACAGCUUAUUACAACAAGAAAAUCAAAUUUAACCCAAGACGUAUUUCAGGAACUAAAUAUGACGUUAUUCAUAAAUAUAUCUGUUAAUUUACAUGACAAAAAAGUGGUCUUUUCCAUUAUGUUCUCAAGAGAGUGAUCUUUUGCACUAAGUUCUGGAUGAGAAAGUGCCUUUUUACACUAUGUUUUGUGGAGAAGGUGACUUUUACACUAUAUCCAAAAAGUGCAAGUGACCUUUUACAUCAUGUUUUCGGAGACUGGCCUUUUUGUACUAGGUUAUGAAGGAGAAAGUACCUUUAUACAUUGUGUUUAGGAGAGAAAGUAACUUUAACAUUAUAUCUGAGGGCAAAUUGAAUAAUAUAUUCAUGAAGAGAAAUUGAUUUUACAUAGUAAUAAACGUUUUCUUUUCCUGAAAAACAAACAAAAAUGUAUAAACUUACAGACACGUCACACGUUUCUACGUGAAAUUUGUAUGAAUUUAACUUUUCAACGUCGGUGGACAUUAACCAGAAACUUUUACUAAAAUCAGAAGUAGCCCAUUUCGAAAGUUUUCCUAAUAAUUAUGUUGUUUUCAAAAUUGAAAUAAUUCUACAGACUUGACACUGUUCAGUCACAUGGUCCAUUCAGCAAAAAUUUACAUUUUACUUUAAACCGUAAAGACACACCCUCUGUUUAUCAAAAUCAGUUAAUUGAGUUUUUUCUAUAGUUAAGUUUGUUCAAAGUAUUUAAAGAAGGACAUGGACCUUAAUAGCGCGAAUAUUAGGCUUUAUGAAUACGAGUCUUGAUGUAUGUUUCACAUUUACAUAGACAGACUAAAGCCGAGCUCUCUGUCAUGUUACUUGGUUGUGUUCUUUGGUUUUUAAGGAUCUUUUCACAGAUUUUGUAACUCAAAAUUGAAGAAAAGGAAUAAAUUAUUGUCUUACAAGAAAAUAACAGCUUAUUUUACAUUUUUUACAGUGAAAUUUAGAAAUAUCAGAUUGUCUUAUUCCUUUAUAUGUGACAUCGAAAUGUUUUUUUGUUUGUUUUUUCGAGAUAUGAUAUUUUCACGAGCGGCAUAGCGAGGUAAUUACAUUUCCGAGAUAGGAGGUGAUUUUGCUCGAAGAUGUGUGCUUUCAUUGUUUAUUGUCCCUCGCCCUUUCCGAAGAUUAAAAGUGGGACAUAAACAUAGGCUGUGUCCCUCUGUCCGUGUGUCCGUCCGUCCGGUCUUUAUUUCUGCUAUCCAUGAAUGGAUUUUAAAAUCACUUUGCACAAAUAUUUCCCAUAAUGUGUUAUGCACAGGAGUUUCCUAGAAUCAAUGUCAAGGUCGCAGUUAGAGGUCAAAGGUUAUCAGGGUCUGUAUCAUGUCCGGUCCAUAAUUCUGUCAUUUAUCAAGGGAUUUUGAAAUUAGAUGGCACAAAAGUUCCCCAUAAUAAGACAACGUCCAGACUCCUAGCUCUAAGGUCAAAGUCACACUUAGACGUUAAAAGAUUAACAUGGUCUGUUUCUUGUCAGGUACAUAACUCUACCAUUCGUCAAGGGAUUUAAAAAUGAGAAAACGUGUCAUGUGCAAGACCCUUGCCUCAUAUCUUAAAGGUCAUUGUCACACUUAGAGAUCAAAGAUAAUAGGUUCGAAAGUAUUUCAUUUGAUACCUUUUAUGUUAGAGAAGUACCUUCUUUCUCCUUUUAUUCAUCUCUGAAUGAUAUAGAUUAUCAGGUUUUUGAAAACAUGUUUCAGAAAUGUGGUGAACUACAAUUUAGUGCUCUUAAUCAGGAACUAUUUUAUACAAGCUCGUAAAGAUUAGAGCGAGUGUUGCACCGGCACUAAACGUUAAAAAAACUUUCAAAAACAAAAUGUAGUUUAAAUGUGUCCGAUUACUGCGUCUGUAUAAUUGUUUGGACAUUUUUUUUAAAUGGCGUAUAUCAUUGGAAACAGAAAUAUAUUUCAGGGGUUGUUGAAGUAGUCUUUUAUCUGUUUCUAACUUUCAUUUCUUUUAAAGAGUAAAUCUCGUUUCUUACGAUAAGGAUUACUCAAGUUUAAUUUAAUACUACGACUGUAGGCGGCUUCGUAGGUGUAUCACUACUUUGACGUACAAUACACAUGAUAAAGCAAUCGAGUCAAAACUAGAAAGAUGGUUAAAAAGCGGUGCAGAAUUGAUGUUGUAUUUACAAAGGGUUUAUAUCUUGAACUAUUAAAGGCUCAUAAUGCCUUUGUUUAAAAUGUGGCUGUCACAUUUUUCUUUAUGAACAUAGAAUAUAUUAAUUUCUUUUUAGAUGCUAUUUCCAGUUAAAUUCGGUCAAAGAUUUGAAUAUCGAUGAACAAGGUAGAAAGUUUUAUUGAAUCUAUUGGGGUUUUUUUAUUGUUCCUUGAUGGCUGUAACUGUAAAAGUUCAUGUGCAGUAUUAUAAAUAACGCUUUUCUAACCAUGUAAAUAUGCAUACCAUCUGAAUGGACAGCUAUUUCCUCUGUUUUAACAUCAAAAUAAAGCCUUAUGGAACUUUCA